UGGAUAGAGCAAGGGAGGAUAGGCGGAGAAAGUAAACGAAGGGAGGGGAAGGUAGAGUGGUCAGUAAAAAUGGCGGGAAGAGCACUGAUAUCGUCCUCACAGAACGGCCUUUGGUGCCUUCCCAACCUCUCUUCCAUCAACUCCAAAACCAAACACCUCUCCAUCUCUCUCCAUCUCCGCCGGAAACCAACCUCUUCUUCAUCAUCGUUCCGCCAUUUCAGCUGCACAACCCAUCUCCACAGAGGAGGAGAAGAGAAUCCCAUCAUCAAAACCGAUCCUUUCGUACUCACAACUCCUCUUUAUUAUGUAAAUGCCCCUCCCCACAUGGGAAGCGCCUACACCACCAUCGCUGCCGAUGCCAUCGCCCGCUUUCAGAGGCUGUUGGGGAGGAAAGUUAUAUUCAUCACAGGCACUGAUGAGCACGGGGAGAAAAUUGCCACUGCUGCUGCUGCUCAUGGUCGCAGACCGAGUGAGCAUUGUGACAUCAUCUCACAAGCUUACAGGAUACUCUGGAAAGAGCUAGACAUAGCUUAUGACAAGUUCAUUCGCACAACCGAUCCAUGUCACGAGGCGCUUGUGAAAGAAUUCUAUUCCAGAGUUUUUUGUAGUGGCGACAUUUACCGUGCUGACUAUGAGGGGCUUUAUUGUGUUAACUGUGAGGAGUAUAAGGAUGAGAAAGACUUGCUUGAAAAUAAUUGUUGCCCCAUGCAUUUGAAGCCCUGUGUUCUACGGAAGGAGGAUAACUACUUUUUUGGCUUAUCAAAGUACCAACAGUCAUUGGAAGAGUAUUUAACACACAAUCCAGAAUUUGUACAGCCUUCUUUUCGCUUGAAUGAGGUUCAAGGUUGGAUUAAGAGUGGACUGAGAGAUUUCUCUAUCUCCCGCGCGUCUGUGGAAUGGGGUAUACCUGUGCCAAGCGACAAUAAACAAACUAUAUAUGUUUGGUUUGACGCUUUAUUGGGGUAUGUCUCAGCAUUGUUGGAGGACGAGGUGGAACCGACUUUAGAAAAUGCUGUUUCUUCUGGUUGGCCUGCUUCACUGCACUUAAUAGGCAAGGAUAUCUUACGGUUUCAUGCAGUUUACUGGCCAGCUAUGUUAAUGUCGGCAGGAUUGAGUCCCCCCAAGAUGGUGUUUAGUCAUGGAUUUCUGACAAAGGAUGGUAUGAAGAUGGGGAAAUCAUUGGGAAAUACACUUGAACCAAAGGAUCUGGUGAGUAGGUUCGGAUCUGAUGCUGUUAGGUACUUCUUCUUGAGAGAAGUGGAAUUUGGAAAUGACGGGGACUUUUCGGAGGACCGUUUCAUCAAUAUUGUAAAUGCACACCUUGCCAAUACAAUAGGAAAUCUUCUUAACCGUACACUUGGACUUCUGAAAAAGAAUUGCCAAUCUACCUUGCCAGUUGAUUCAAUUACUGCAGCCAAAGGAAACUCCCUCAAAGAUACCGUAGAAAAGUUGGUUGAAAAAGCAAGGCUCCACUAUGAGAACCUGUCCUUAUCAUCAGCCUGUGAGUGUGUGCUUGAUAUUGGAAAUGCUGGUAAUUUGUACAUGGAUGAGCAUGCUCCAUGGUCCCUUUUUAAACAAGGAGGUGCCAGUGCUGAAACCGCUUCAAAGGAUCUUGUGAUUAUAUUGGAAACAAUGAGGAUUAUAGCGAUUGCCUUAUCUCCAGUUUCUCCGAGUUUUUGUUCGAGGAUUUAUUCACAACUUGGCUAUUCAAAGGAUCAGUUUGAGGCAGUGACAUGGAGCGAUACCAAAUGGGGAGCACUAGAAGCUGGGCAGGUCAUGGCAGAACCUAAACCCAUUUUUGCAAGGAUUGAAACUCGAAAGGAAGGGGAAGAUGGAGUUGAGACAAUUCAGAAAGUAGGGAAAGAUAGGAAAAGAAUACAUCAUUCUCAAGGGGUAGCAGAGGCUUAGAUAUCUCAUAACUUUGUAGUUAAUUUCUUUUGAGCAUUUAAAAAUAUUAGUAUUCUGUACUCAAAUCCAAUACAUAUCAAUCUAUCCGAGCUUCCCAAUUUGGUAGAGCAUCGAUACUGUGAAUUGGGUACAAUAAAUGUAUUUAUUGGGAUUUUAACCGCAGAAUUCCUCAGAAUUCUGAUUUUACUGAACAGUGCCUAGACAAUUGGUAAGCACCAGAAAGUUCUUUUUCGGGGGAUGAAAUGACUGAAUCGCUACUAUUUACUUCUUUUAUAAAAUCCAUUGGAAUAGCGCAUUGUGGGCCCACGUGGAUUGUGCGUGACAUCCAACUCGUUCAACAGGUACACCUUAUCAUGAUGAUCAGAGAAACUAAAAAACAUGUGGAUCCAACAUCAGGUGGGCCAUACAUGAAUUUUUUUUGUUUUCUGGAUGGUGUAAUUUUGUUUUCCUUUUCUUUAUGAUUGUGGCUCACCAAUAAUUGGAUCUCCUUAAUUUUUUAUUUUCAGAUCAUCAUGAUGGGGUAUACUUGCUGGAAGGGUUGGAUGUCAUACAAACAACACAUGGACCCACAAGCCUAAACUCCACUCUUUAGAAGAAAAAGUGAAUGAGGACAUCUUGGUCAUUUCAACUUCCAAAUAGCAUGUUCUGGUGAUUUCAAAACGCCCAGGAACUUUUUGGUAAGAACAUACGUAUUUUGAAGGAAUUGGACUGUAAAAAUCCCUAUAUUUAAAUGAUAAUUGAUUUUCCUUGUUUGUACCUUUUUA